GUGUUUGUGUGUGUGUGUGUAUGUGCGCGCGUGUUAGUGAGCGUGGACUCCAUCGAGUGGGCCACGGCUGCAGAAGUGGCGCGACCACCAGCACCAGCAGCACCACCACCAGGCACUGUAGACCUCCACGCUGGACCGUGCUAGUUCAAAAGAGGAUCAUCACGGAGGAGGCCAUAUUUGUCCCGACAUGUAGCUUGCAGCAGCGUGGGCGAUACAAGAGGUAGCAGAAGAGUGUGAGUGGGGGGUGAGCAGCAGAUUGUGUGUGGGAUGCCAUGAAAAUCACAACAGCCCGCUGAGGAACGUCACGGACACGGCGGCGGCGGUGGUGGAUGAUGAUGAUGAUGGACCCGAGCGAGGAGAUCCAUGGAAGGUAGCGUCCGAGAAGACAGCUGAGCGGUUUUAGUCGCUUUGGUGCGGAGGGAUGGAUCUCAGCCGGCUCCGGAACAUCAUCAGCAGAUAUUGCGCGGGGGAGGAGAACUGGGUUGACAGUCGGACGGUGUACAUCGGCCAUAAAGAACCCCCUCCGGGAGCUGAGGCCUACAUCCCCCAGCGUUACCCCGACAACCGCAUCGUCUCAUCAAAGUAUACCUUCUGGAACUUCAUUCCCAAGAAUUUGUUUGAACAGUUCCGAAGAAUUGCCAACUUCUACUUUUUGAUCAUAUUUCUGGUCCAGCUCAUCAUCGACACCCCUACCAGCCCAGUCACCAGCGGCUUGCCCCUCUUCUUUGUUAUCACCGUCACUGCCAUCAAACAGGGCUACGAGGAUUGGUUGCGACACAAAGCCGACUGCUGCAUCAACGAGUGUCCGGUGGACGUGGUGCAGCGGGGGAAGGUGGUGAGGACGCAGAGUCACAAGCUGCGGGUGGGCGACAUCGUGGUGGUGAGGGAGGACGAGACGUUCCCAUGUGACCUCAUCCUGCUCUCCUCCAGCCGACAGGAUGGAACCUGCUACGUCACCACCACCAGCUUGGAUGGAGAAUCCAGUCAUAAGACCUAUUAUGCCAUACCAGAUACCAUGGCCUUUAGGACGGAACAGGAAGUGGAUUCCCUACAUGCCACCAUUGAAUGUGAACAACCACAGCCUGACCUCUACAAAUUUGUGGGACGCAUUAAUAUUUAUAAGGACAAAGACGAACCUGUAGCUAGACCACUUGGAGCUGAGAACCUGCUACUCAGAGGAGCCACGCUGAAGAACACACAGCAUAUUUACGCUGUUGCAAUCUACACCGGCAUGGAGACCAAGAUGGCACUCAAUUACCAGUCUAAAUCACAGAAGCGCUCGGCUGUGGAAAAGUCCAUGAAUGCCUUUCUGAUUGUGUAUCUGUGCAUCUUGAUAAGCAAAGCCGUCAUCAACACCGUUCUCAAGUACGCCUGGCAGUGGUCUCCGGACCGGGAUGAGCCCUGGUACAACCACAGGACAGAUAACGAGAAGCAACGCCAUGUGGUGAUCCGAGCUUUCACUGACUUCCUGGCCUUCACCGUGUUGUUCAAUUACAUCAUACCUGUGUCCAUGUAUGUCACGGUAGAAAUGCAGAAAUUCCUGGGCUCCUACUUCAUCACUUGGGACGAGGAGAUGUUUGAUGAGGAGCUGGGAGAGGGUGCUCAGGUCAACACCUCUGACUUGAAUGAGGAACUCGGCCAGGUGGAAUAUGUUUUUACGGAUAAGACAGGAACGCUGACAGAGAACAAUAUGGAGUUUAUUGAAUGCUGUGUAGAUGGGAAUGUUUACAUCCCGCACGCCAUCUGCAACGGCCAAAUCCUCAGCGCUGCCUCCAGCAUAGACAUGAUAGAUUCCUCACCUGGAGGAUACCGCAGGGAGCAUGAGGAUCUGUUUUUCCGGGCCCUCUGUCUGUGUCACACGGUGCAGGUGAAGGAGGAAGAGACAGUGGACGGCAUCAAGAGGGGCAUCCACCAGGGGCGACCCACCUCCUUCUACAUCUCCUCUUCGCCAGAUGAGGUUGCGUUGGUGGAAGGAAUGAAAAGGCUGGGCUACACCUAUCUGAGACUGAAGGACAACCACAUGGAGAUUUUGAACAAAGACGAUGAAAUUGAAAGGUUUGAGCUGCUUCAUGUGCUCAACUUUGACUCUGUGAGGCGGCGAAUGAGCGUCAUCGUCAGAGCGAGCUCAGGAGAAUACCUGCUCUUCUGUAAGGGGGCUGAUACAGCCAUUUUUCCCCUGGUGGUGUCUGGGAAGGUUGAGCAGGUGAAGGCCCGGGUGGAGCAGAAUGCUGUGGAAGGUCUGCGGACCUUGUGCGUGGCCUACAAGAGGCUAUCGGACUCUGAGUACCAGGAGGCGUGUCAGCACUUAACGGAAGCCAAGCUGGCCCUGCAGGACAGGGAACAGAGACUGGCUCAGGCCUACGAGGUCAUCGAAAGAGACUUUGUACUUCUGGGCGCCACGGCUGUUGAGGACAGGCUCCAGGAGAAGGCGGCCGAUACCAUUGAGUCGCUGCACAAGGCUGGAAUAAAAGUUUGGGUCCUGACGGGGGACAAGAUGGAGACCGCGGCGGCCACCUGCUACGCCAGCAAGCUCUUCCGUCGCAGCACUCAGAUCCUGGAGCUCACCAAGAAGCGUACAGAAGAGCAGAGUCUCCAUGAUGUUCUCUUUGAGCUAAAUAGGACUGUUCUCAGGCAACGAUCCAUUUCUGGUUUGUCUGUCGACUGUCUCGACUUUGGUUUGAUCAUCGACGGGGCCACGCUGUCGGCUGUCCUCAAGCCCAAGCAGGACGUCGCCGGUCACGGAAACUACCGAGAGAUUUUCCUGGAGAUCUGUCGCAACUGUAGCGCCGUGCUAUGUUGUCGUAUGGCACCAUUGCAGAAGGCACAGAUUGUGAAGCUGAUCAAGGCCUCCAAGGAGCACCCGAUAACUCUCGCUGUUGGCGAUGGAGCCAAUGAUGUCAGCAUGAUUUUAGAAGCACACGUGGGCAUUGGGAUUAUGGGUAAGGAAGGUCGCCAGGCUGCCAGGAAUAGUGACUACGCCAUCCCAAAGUUCAAACAUCUGAAGAAAAUGCUGCUGGUUCACGGCCAUUACUACUACAUACGCAUAGCUGAGCUGGUUCAGUACUUCUUUUACAAGAAUGUAUGCUUCAUCUUCCCUCAGUUCCUGUAUCAGUUCUUCUGUGGUUUCUCCCAGCAGCCUCUGUACGACACGGCGUAUUUGACCUUGUACAACAUCAGCUUCACGUCACUGCCCAUCCUCCUCUACAGCCUGGUGGAGCAGCAUGUCACUGUGGAGACGCUCAAGCGAGAGCCAUCCUUGUACAGGGAUAUUGCCAAGAACUCCCUCCUCCGCUGGCCGGUCUUCCUGUACUGGACAUGCCUGGGCGUGUUUGACGCUGUCAUCUUCUUCUUUGGUGCCUACUUCCUGUUUGAUAACACCACCUUCACCAGCAAUGGCCAGCUAAUGACCACCAACACGCAGAUGAUGUUUGGAAACUGGACUUUCGGCACUCUUGUCUUCACUGUGCUGGUGUUCACCGUUACCCUCAAGCUUGCCUUGGACACACGCCACUGGACCUGGAUCAAUCAUUUUGUCAUCUGGGGCUCGCUACUUUUCUAUGUGAUUUUCUCCCUCCUGUGGGGAGGCAUCAUUUGGCCCUUCCUGAACUACCAGAGGAUGUAUUACGUCUUCAUGCAAAUGCUGUCCAGCGGUCCUGCCUGGCUCAGCAUCAUCCUGCUCAUUACGGUCAGUUUGCUACCUGAUGUCAUCAAGAAGGUCCUUUGCAGGGCCAUGUGCCCAACAGCGACUGAGCGUGCUCAGGAUCAUGACAAGUUGGUGCGGGAUGACCCGCCUGCUCAGCUGUCCCCUGGGCGAUCCUGCAAAGGUGCAAGCACCCACUCCUCUCAAUUCCAGCUUGGCGCCAUGGAGACGCUGUCGCUCUCCAGAUCCGACCCCCUUCCCCAAAAACUCUUGUCUCACUUGGCAGAAGGGGGGAGGGCGGAAUUGCGCUCGUGCAUGCUCCGUCUCUCCGGGGCAGGGAUCGCUUACUACGCUCCGGGGCCGGAAACAUCCGUGUAAAUCGCCCACCCACCCGAUGAUGGAACUUUUGUGUGGAGCUACACAUGGUGGGGGCGGAGGGGGUGUGGCAGUCACUAAUCUCAUCUCAAGGGUGAGUUAUAUGAGAUAGAAGAGCUCACUUUGUGCACUUCUGGGUUAAUGACCACCCCUUUUUGGUGAUAAUGGCCUCAUCUUUGCUUUUCUGACGUCUUCUCAUCAACACAUUCAGAAGAUGCCUAUUUGUAGAAUUCUUAUUAUGUUAUUAUUGUCCAAAAUCUUGCCUGUUCCUUGUUUGUGUACUUUUGCAAGUGUUACAAAAAGAGUAUAUAUAUAUGUGUGUAUUAUGUGUGUGUGUGUGUAUACUGUACACUAUACUGUAUGUGUAUAUACACUAGAUAUAUGUAUGUGUGUGUAUACAUACAUACAUACAUAAAGGAUAUACAUACACAGUAUACUGUAUAUACACACACAUGUGGAUUAUGUGGUCUGGCCUAGUAAGGGCAGCCCUGAAGCUCAGACCUUUAGGUGUGUAUGACUGUGUGUGAAUGCGUGCCUGCGUGCAUGAAGAUGCCUGCUCUGUAUGUUUUGUACGGGACCCACCUUUGCCUUACAGGUUAACCACGCAGCAGCAGGCUAGGAGCCAAAGGUGUAAAAGGCCGAUAAAAGUGGUGUAUUACAAAGCCUUACACAAACACACUAACCAACCGCCACCUCCAUCCUAUCAGAACAAUAGAGUGGGGGGGGGAGAAAAAAAAUCCAAGAGUGGGAUGUGCAGAAUUCUAGCCACCCUGCCUUAAUUCAUUCAUUCAUUCAUUCAGGCCUGCUGUCUCAUGUCUCAUGUGAGGAUACUACACAUCCGUUGGUCCAUCUCUGUGUCCUCUUUGCAUGUUGAAACUUUGCAUGGUGAUGUGUUCCCUCCCUGGCUGAACCUUGACCUUUUUGAUCCCUCACCUUGAUUUUUAUUUUAUUGUACUUGCUCCUGUCUUCUGUCAACAUUAGGGCCACACUGAAAAGAUCUCCUACAAUAUAGCAAUACUACACAAACAAAGCUAGAGUUAAGUCAAUCCUGAAUAAAUUUACAAUAGUGUCAUAAUGUUGCCAGGAAAUGUUGUAAAAUUUACAAAAAUAACUUCAAAUGCAAUAUUUAUGUAACCUUUUGACUGUUUUCUAAUAGCAUAUUGUUAAUUAAUAUUCUGGCAAUACUAUGGCAUUAAAAAACUUCUUUAUUUUUGUGACAUAUAGGACAUUUAUUCAUUCAUUUUCUACCGCUUUUCCUCACGAGGGUCGCGGAGGGUGCUGGAGCCUAUCCCAGCUGUCUUUGGGCGAGAGGCGGGGUACACCAGCCAAUCACAGGGCACAUAUAGACAAACAACCAUUCACACUCACAUUCAUACCGAUGGACAAUUUGGAGUCGCCAAUUAACCUAGCAUGUUUUUGGAACGUAUGAAUGGAAUGGAACAUGCAAACUCCACACAGAGAUGGCCGAGGGUGGGAUUGAACUCAGGUCUUCUAGCUGUGAGGUCUGCGCGCAAACACAUAUAGGACAUUUUUCUUGCAAAAUGCAACAUUAGAUGUUUCUCCUAAUGCUACACUUCCUUGUAAGCUUGAGACCUUCCACAAAUAUUACAACAUUUCUUUUGUAAUCUUACAUUUUCUUGUGAAUUUUGGAUUACAAUAUUAAGAUUACAAUCUCGUAACUUUUUUUAGACUUUUUGUUCUCGUUACAACAUUUUUUUUGUAGGCAUGAGACUUUUUGCAUGUAACUUUACAAUAUCUCACUUGUAAUGUUACAAAAAAAUGUAUUCCAGUAGACACGUGUAGGACUUUUCUUUUUCAUUGUGGCCCUAAUACUUUAAAGCAACUGACUCUGGUCUUUUACCUAUAGAUGAUUAUUCAUCUAUGUUAUGCAAAAACGAAUGCCAAACGUGUGUUCUUUCUCUUCACCCCGUCUCGGUGGCAGUCACUAUCGAUGAAUGGAUGUAACUCUACGGUUGAUGGGAUGUGUUGUACUUUGCAGGAAGACUUGAAUAGGCGACGUCACAAUCAAUGAAUCAGUAGAAUGUCUCGCAGAUUUUGUCUACCAUGUCCUCCAGCUGACGAUUGUAGCUCAUGUAAGGAUCUUUUAUUCUACAGUUUAUUCUCACACGCAUCAUCAUCUGCCAACGGGUAUAGAUGUAAUACAAAAACUUAUUUUUAUUGUACAAUUUUGCGCUCAGAGAACCAUACACACUGUUUUGAUUUCAGGACUCAACAUCUUAACCUCAGUGACACUCACUGUGUUGUUGCCAUGUUGUAUCCAGGCAGAUUUUGACUUACUUCUCAGCAGAAAUGCUUCAUUUGUGAUCAUUCUUGUAUCCCACCUUUGUGUCUCUUCCUUGAAUUUUGACUUAAAAAAAUCAAAUUAAUUAAUGUGCCAACUUCCACUGAAAUUAUGUUAUGUUACUAUAUAUAACUUGGUGGGAUACAGUGUGGUUGUCUACAAUACAUUUAUAAGUUUUGGGGCAUUUAAAGACUGGUAAUUAUGUUUUUCCAAUACUAAUUCAUCCAUGCAUGCCUGACACUUUUUUUUAGUAACUUUUGUAUUGUAAAUCAUGGUGGGGAAAAAUGUAUAUGUUCGAUGGGAUGCAUUGUAGGGGGGGGUUGCAUCAUCUACAAUGCUACUAUUGCUACUAUAUCUACUAAUAUGUUUGGUUACAUUCAAACGCUACUAGUUCCAUAGUUCCAUUUUACACUUCCAGCUACACUUGAAUUGAGUUUUUUAGCAAGUUUAUUUUUUUGAAAAUCUUGGUGGGGAAUACAGAUGUCUGAUGGGAUGCAUUGCAGUCCACCACAAUGCAUUUACACUGUGUUCUUCGCAUUACCAGCCUUCUUGUGUUGUCCAUGAUGCACAUUUCCUUUGUUACAUUUGUAAAUCCUAUAGAGAAGAUUCUAUUUCUAUUCUAAGUCUAUUUUAUUUUGGAAUGUGGGUUAAAGUUUACCAAAAGGGUCAGUAGAGAUUUACCAGUAUAUACUGCACUUUGUCAUACAGAUGUACCCCCCCC